UGAGCAUAGUUAUGUCUAUCAGAUAUACAGCAUAAGGAUUAUUUGAAGUGUUUAGUUGAAGUGUCUCAUGCACAUUUUAGCACAACUUGAAAGGUGCAUAAGAGCGAAGUUUAAAGGAAAAGGGCCACCUGUGGACUCAAUAUAGAUUCAGUGCAAAGAUUAGAGGCAGUGGAUAGAAAGCAGUGGAUAAAGGCAGUUGUCAGCAGAUAGAGGCAGUGGAUUGAGGCAGAGGGUGGAUAGAAGUAGAUAGAAGCACAGGGUGGACAGAAAUAGAAAGAGGCAGUGGAUUGAGGCAGUGGGUGGAUAGAAGUAGAUAGAAGCAAAGUGUGGAUAGAAAUAGAAAGAGGCAGUGGAUUGAGGCAGUGGGUGGAUAGAAGUCGAUAGAAGCAAAGGGUGGAUAGAAAUAGAAAGAGGCAGUGGAUUGAAUCAGUGGGUGGAUAGAAGUAGAUAAAAGCAAAGGGUGGAUAGAAGUAGAUAGAGGCAGUGGGUGGAUAGAAGUAGAUAGAGGCAGUGGGUGGAUAGAAGCAGUGGGUGGAUAGAAGUAGAUAGAGGCAGUGGGUGGAUAGAAGUAGAAAGAUGCAGUGGAUUAAGGCAGUGGGUGGAUAGAAGUAGAUAGAGGCAGUGGGUGGAUAGAAGUAGAUAGAGGCAGUGGAUUGAGGCUGUGGGUGGAUAGAAGUAGAUAGAAGCACGGGUUGGUCAGAAAUAGAAAGAGGCAGUGGAUUGAGGCAGUGGGUGGAUAGAAGUAGAUAGAAGCACUAGAUGGACAGAAAUAGAAAGAGGCAGUGGAUUGAGGCAGUGGGUGGAUAGAAGUAGAUAGAAGCAGUGGUUGGAUAGAAGUAGAUACAAGCAGUGGGUGGAUAGAAGUAGAUUGAACCAGUGGGUGGAUAGAAGUAGAUACAAGCAGUGGGUGGAUAGAAGUAGAUUGAACCAGUGGGUGGAUAGAAGUAGAUACAAGCAGUGGGUGGAUAGAAGUAGAUUGAAGAAGUGGGUGGAUAGAAGUAGACAGAGGCAGUGGGUGGAUAGAAGUAGAUAGAAGCAGUGGGUGGAUAGAAGUAGAUAGAGGAAGUGAAUUGAGUCAGUAGUCAGCGGAUUGAAGCGGUGGAUGGAUAGAAGUAGAUUGAAGCAGGGGGUGGAUAGAAGUAGAUAGAGGCAGUAGAUUGAGGCAGUGGUCAGUGGAUAGAGGCAGUUGAUUGAGGCAGCAGUAGGAUAGAAGUCAAUAGAAGCAGCGGUUGGAUAGAAGUAGAUAUAGGCAGUGGAUUAAGCCAGUGGGUGGGUAGAAGUAGAUGGAGGCAGUGGGUGGAUAGAAGUAGAUAGAAGCAGUGGGUGGAUAGAAGUAGACAGAGGCAGAGGAAUCUGGGAGUGGAUACAGGUGCGGGGUGCAUUUAGUGUGCAGUGUUAGCGGAUAUUGUGAUUGGAUACAGGCAGUGGAUAGAUGCAGUAGAGGAAGGGAUGUGGAUACAGGUAGUUGAUAGUCAGUGGGUACAGGCAGUGGAUAGAUGCAGUAGAGGAAGGGAUGUGGAUACAGGUAGUUGAUAGUCAGUGGGUACAGGCAGUGGAUAGAUGCAGUAGAGGAAGGGAUGUGGAUACAGGUAGUUGAUAGUCAGUGGGUACAGGCAGUGGAUAUAGAGUGGUUGAUACAGACAGUGGAUACAGAGUGGUUGAUACAGACAGUGGAUAUAGAGUGGUUGAUACAGACAGUGGAUAUAGAGUGGUUGAUACAGACAGUGGAUACAGAGUGGUUGAUACAGACAGUGGAUAUAGAGUUGUUGAUACAGACAGUGGAUACAGAGUGGUGGAUACAGACAGUGGAUAUAGAGUGGUUGAUACAGACAGUGGAUACAGAGUGGUUGAUACAGACAGUGGAUACAGAGUGGUUGAUACAGACAGUGGAUACAGAGUGGUUGAAACAGACAGUGGAUAUAGAGUGGUUGAUACAGACAGUGGAUAUAGAGUGGUUGAUACAUACAGUGGAUAUAGAGUGGUUGAUACAGACAGUGGAUAUAGAGUGGUUGAUACAGACAGUGGAUACAGAGUGGUUGAUACAGACAGUGGAUACAGAGUGGUUGAUACAGACAGUGGAUCUAGUGUGGUUGAUACAGACAGUGGAUAUAGAGUGGUUGAUACAGACAGUGGAUAUAGAGUGGUUGAUACAGACAGUGGAUAUAGAGUGGUUGAUACAGACAGUGGAUAUAGAGUGGUUGAUACAGACAGUGGAUAUAGAGUGGUUGAUACAGACAGUGGAUACAGAGUGGUUGAUACAGACAGUGGAUACAGAGUGGUUGAUACAGACAGUGGAUACAGUGUGGUUGAUACAGACAGUGGAUAUAGAGUGGUUGAUACAGACAGUGGAUACAGAGUGGUUGAUACAGACAGUGGAUAUAGAGUGGUUGAUACAGACAGUGGAUACAGGAUAUGGAUAUAGGCAGUUUCUUUUUCAUUUCAUGCAAACUAGAAAAGUGAUGGUUUUAAUUUUGAAAAAUGACAUGACUCAUAAGAGCUAUUUAUCUUUUAAAAUUACCAUCUAUUGAUCAGACAUGUAUCUAACUAUUGAUAUUACUUUCCAAACUACUUUUAAAAAUUUAUGCUGAAAAUGAAAUUGCAGCUUCUUAUGACCUUGUUUUAACAUCUCGCCAUACCUUAUUGUAAGAUUCUUAUACAUAUCCAAUGAACACUUUGUAUGAUCAAUACCUUAAUCCAUCAUAUGGGACACAAAACUUUAUGUAUUUAUUGCACCUUGUUGAUCACUGAUUUACAGAAUGCAAUAUAGAAACUUUCUGUCACGCUCAUGGCAUCUUGUAAACAUGACACAUCUAAAUAUAGCUGUACCUGCUCCAUUUUCAUGACAGUUAUUAAUAAAUAUUACACCUCAGAGAUAUUGGUCCUUCUAUAUCUAUAUGACCGGCUUCAGUCUGUAAAAUGCGAUAGAUGAAACUAAUAGUAUAUGGACCGGUCACUAUUUUUUGAAUAUGGACCGUUCGGGGUAACACACCACUAAAUUUGCACUGUUUUACUGUAAAAUGACGUCAUUUUUUUAACGAAAUGACGUCAUUAUUCCUGCGAAAUUCUUCAGUUUAUCUCUUUUAAACCAUAAACAAUCGUACAACACUGUACAAUGGUAAAGGGGAAACUCUUCGGUGUAAUAUAAGAAAUAGUAAACUCCACUUCGGUCCCAAUGGCAUUAUAGUGA